AGAAGGGGAGAAGAGGAAACGCGCACAGCCGCCAUGCCGCAAACAAAAGAGAAGCCACGGCACGACAGCGAAGGCAUCGCAGCCGUGCUGCCCCGCCCCUCCCCUUGGUUCACGAGCAAAGUAACGCUCGGUGCUCGCCAGAUCCUCGGUUUUUUUUUGUCCAGAUAAUACCUGAAGUACUGCAGCUGAAAAUGGGUAGCACAGAAAUCCCAGUGCCUGUGCCAUCACCUGAAAGCUCAGCCGUGAAUGAAGGGCCAGCUGCCGCAGCUCCUGCUGCUGACUCGAAGCCAAAAAAGAAGAUAUGCUGCGCGUGCCCUGAUACCAAGAGGCUGAGAGAUGAGUGCAUCGUUGAACAUGGGGAAUCUGCUUGCACAAAAUGGAUCGAAGCUCACAAGCGAUGCCUCCGUGCUGAGGGGUUUAAGGUCUGAUUCUUCUCUAGUCUGCUGAAGAUGUUACGUUCUCUUUCAGAAAAGUUACAGGGCAUGUGAGAUGCAACCGGGACUCAGUAGAUUAGUUGCCAUAUUGUUGCAUACUGUCAUCAGAGAACCCAUUACCAAUUUUCGCACAGAAUAAAAUCACUGAUGAGUGAUGACUA